GACUUAAUUUGCCCUGUUUCAGGGAGCUGGAAUACCGGCUGUUGGAGCAGUGCACAGUUGAUACAGGAUUAGCCAAAGGCCAAAGCCUUCCGUCUGUCAUGGGCUCUGUUCCAGAAGACAUAGUUGAGGAUAUAAAAGUUCGCACUUGUUUUGUGAGUGAUCUCCAACGUGGACUGAAAAUCCGAGCAGCCAAGUUCAACAUUGAUGGCAGUGCUGAGCGUCCUUUGCCGCCUCCAGAUGUGGACUAUCCUUUGGAUGGUGAAAAGAUUCUCCAUGUAGUUGGCUCCAUCCGAGACUCAGUUGCAGAAAUACUGUUUGAACAGGAUAAUGAAGAGACUUCUGUUGCCACUUUGAUCUUAGAUUCACUCAUUCAGUGUCCCAUAGACACCAGGAAGCAGUUGGCAGAGAACUUGGUGGUUAUGGGUGGCACUGCCAUGUUGCCGGGGUUCCUGCACAGGCUGAUGGCUGAAAUCAGGUACCUGGUAGAAAAACCGAAAUACAGGGAGGUGCUUGCGACCAAAACCUUCAAAGUUCACACUCCACCUGCCAAAGCCAACUAUGUGGCGUGGCUGGGAGGUAAGAAUGGGAGCAGCUUUUGGAGCAUGGGUCCUAAGUGGGAAAACAGACCUUGCAAGUGGGGUUUGUAAUGAAUAAGUGGCAGUAAAGCUUAGCUGAACUGUUGGAAGCGAGCUGCACCUGAUGUGUGUGGAGUUGUGAAGUCCUCCUGGAAGAAAACACUGCAGGCUGCAGCUGCCUUGUGGGGUGCAGUGCAGGAUGGCACUGCAGGCUUUGGGAACUUGGAGCCGGUGGCU